AUGGAUAAUGAGCAACAGUCAGUAAGUAGUGAUACCGAGUUGGAAAGUGGGACACAAAGUAAUGUUAGUGACGUAGUUCAGGAAGUACAAUGUGAGAAUCUGGGGGCAGAAGGACAAGAAAUGUUGCCAUUGCCACCCAGUGAUUCAGUUGAUAGCGGAAAUACUGUGCCAUCCGCAAGCACUGGACACGGACCAGAGAGUGGUGAGGUGUCAGAAGUGCAAUCAUUAAGAGUUAUGUUCGAGCGCAUGCUCAAUUUCCAAGCUGAAUUUGUACGUGUGCAAGCAGAGCGUGAUAGAGAACGUGAUGCUAAACAAGCAGAACGCGAUAGAGAACGUGAUGCUAAACAAGCAGAACGCGAUAGAGAACGUGAUGCUGAACAAGCAGAGCGUGACCAGAGAUUGGUAGCUGAAUUAGCCAAACAAGCAGAGCGCGAUAGAGAACGUGAUGCUAAACAAGCAGAGCGUGACCGACGCCUGCAUGAGAGGGACUUGCAGUUGAUGCAAACUUUAGAAGUUAUGCAAAGUGAGAUUGUUAGUUUGAAACAAAAAUAUGAAACCAUACCCAAAACGGUGCAAGAAUUAAGCGAAAGAGUAGAUAGUGUUCAAGUGGCUAACGCCAAUAUAGUAGAGGAAAUCAGUGUCCUGACUAAUAGGGUCGAACAACUAGAAAUUGACACAACUCAAGUAAUUGAGAACAAAGUGAUCGAACAAGUGCACAAAGUAGAAAAUGAAGUCAUAAAAGAAAUAGAUCAGAAAGUGCACGCCGCAAUUGAGGCCAGAGAUGUGGGCUCAAGUGCGGAUGUGCAAGAUCUAAAAAGGAUAGUGCACAAAGACAUUCCGCUGUGGCAGCGGAGUGUGGACCGUCGUCUUGCCGAGAUGGAGCUUAGCUUGCGGCAUGACGAGGCACGGGC